GACCCGGACAGUCGUUGAGUUGUUGAAGCAGCCUCCUCAACUAGCCGUCAGACGAUCGAAGCGAGAGGUUCCGUAGCCGUCCGGGACCUCGACAUAUCGUUAAAAUAAGGAAUCUUGAAGGAAUUCUUGGAUUUGCAUGAAUAGCCGUCUCAUGCAAGUUUCAAGCUUUACCCUCAAGAAGUUAGAAUACGCUUGAGCAGCUGUUUUUAGAUUGCAUAGAUAAUAAUAGAGCUGAAGCCGUCAGCUAAGCUAAGAUAACUCAAGAUGGAGGGAAACAUCGUUGUGAAGGAAGUGCGGAUCUUGGAGACUGCCGAUGACAUCCAGGAUCGCCGAGAGCAAGUGCUUUCUCGGUACUCUCAGUUCCGUUCGGAUGCUCGCCUGAAGAGGGAAAAGCUUGAGGAUUCUCGCAAGUUCCAGUACUUCAAGCGUGAUGCUGAUGAACUGGAAUCAUGGAUCCACGAGAAACUCCAGGCUGCUUCCGAUGAGAGCUACAAGGAUCCCACCAACCUUCAGGCUAAGAUCCAGAAACACCAGGCCUUUGAGGCUGAGGUGGCUGCCCACUCUAAUGCCAUUGUAGUCUUGGACAACACUGGCUCGGAGAUGAUCAGUCAGCAGCACUUUGCCUCAGAUGUCAUUAGGCAGAAGCUUGAUGAGUUACACCGUCUGUGGGAGCUACUCCUGAGGCGUCUGGCUGACAAGGGCAUGAGACUCCAGCAGGCCUUGGUACUGGUGCAAUUCCAGCGCCAGUGUGACGAAGUCAUGUACUGGAUCAAUGAUAAGGAGACGUUUGUAACGUCGGAGGAGUUUGGCAUUGACUUAGAGCAUGUAGAAGUUCUCCAGCGCAAGUUUGAUGAGUUCCAGAAGGACAUGGCUGCCCAGGAAUACAGGGUCACUGAGGUUAACACCUUGGCCGAAAAGCUGAUUACUGAAGGCCACCCCGAAGUGGAUGUCAUCAACAAAAGGAAGAAGGACCUGAAUGAGGCCUGGCAGCGACUGCGUCAGUUUGCUCUCACCCGACAGGAGAAAUUGUUUGGUGCCCAUGAAAUUCAGAGAUUUAACAGAGAUGCUGAUGAAACCAUUGCUUGGGUAGCUGAAAAGGAUGUAGUUUUGUCCUCUGAUGACUAUGGCCGUGACCUAGCAUCUGUCCAGACCCUCCAGCGCAAGCAUGAGGGUUUAGAACGUGACCUUGCUGCUCUGGAGGACAAGGUGUCCACCUUAGGGGAAGAAGCCACUCGUCUCUGUGGCAUCCAUACUGACCAUGCUGAGCAGAUCAAGGCUAAACUGGCAGAGAUUGAACAUUCUUGGUCUACUUUGACUGCGAAGGCCCAGGAACGACGCAGGCGCCUGGAUGAUUCUUACUAUCUGCAUAGGUUCCUGUCUGACUUCCGUGACCUCAUCUCAUGGAUCAAUGACAUGCGAGCUAUCAUCUCUGCAGAUGAGCUGGCCAAGGAUGUUGCUGGAGCUGAAGCUCUUCUUGAACGCCACCAGGAGCACAAGGGUGAAAUUGAUGCCCGUGAAGACAGCUUCAAGAGCACUCAUGCAGCAGGUGAGAUGCUGGUAGAGAAGGACCAUCAUGCUGCUACUGAGGUUAAAGAGAAGCUGGGCACUUUGACACAAGAAAAGGCUGCUCUCCUUGCUUUGUGGGAAGAGCGACGCAUCCUGUAUGAGCAGUGCAUGGACUUGCAACUCUUCUACAGGGACACUGAACAGGCUGACACCUGGAUGGCUAAACAAGAAGCUUUCCUGGAGAAUGAGGACUUGGGAGAUUCCAUUGAUUCUGUUGAAGCUCUGAUCAAGAAGCAUGAGGACUUUGAGAAGUCUCUUGCUGCUCAGGAGGAGAAGAUUAAGGCUCUUGAUGAAUUUGCAACCAAGCUAAUUGAGGGUCAGCACUAUGCAGCUGAUGAUGUCGCCCAGAGGCGUGAACUGCUGCUUGAGCGGCGCACUGCUUUGCUUGAGAUGUCUGCACGGCGCCGAGCCAUGCUAGAGGAUUCUUACCGGCUGCAGCAGUUUGAAAGGGACUGUGAUGAGACCAAGGGAUGGAUCAAUGAGAAGCUUAAAUUUGCUACAGAUGACAGCUAUUUGGACCCAACCAACUUGAAUGGAAAAGUGCAGAAACACCAGAACUUCGACCAGGAACUGAGUGCCAACAAGUCUCGUAUUGAGGAAAUCAUAUCGACUGGCAAAGAGCUCUUGGAAAGCAAGCACUAUGCCAGUGAAAGGAUUGGUAGUCGUAUGGAGGAAAUAGUUCAGCUUUGGACAUCACUUGAGGAAGCUACACGUAGCAAGGGCUCAAAGCUUGAGGAGGCUUCUCAACAGCAGCAGUUCAACCGAGGAGUGGAGGAUAUUGAGCUUUGGCUUUCAGAGAUUGAGGGCCAGCUUAUGAGUGAAGAUUAUGGAAAAGACCUGACUGGAGUCCAAAAUCUGUUGAAGAAGCAUGCCCUUCUGGAAGCAGAUGUCAGCUCCCACCAAGACAGGAUUGAUGGGGUUCGCAUUGCUGCAGAUCAGUUUGUUGACCGUGGACAUUUUGAUGCUGAGAACAUCAAGGCCAAGCAGCUAGCCCUGCAAGAGCGCUACAAUGCACUUCAGAAACCAAUGGGUCUCCGCAAGGAACGACUCAAGGACUCUCUCCUUGUGCAACAACUCUUUAGGGACAUUGAUGAUGAAGAGGCCUGGAUCAGGGAGAAGGAACCCAUUGCAGCUUCCACCAACCGUGGUCGGGAUCUGAUUGGAGUCCAAAAUCUUAUUAAGAAACACCAAGCCGUAUUGGCUGAAAUUAACAACCAUGAACACCGCAUCACUGCUGUUACUACAUCUGGGGAAGAGAUGAUUGGAGAUGGACAUUUUGCAGGUGAAGAGAUCAAGCAGAGGGUGAACACUCUCAGCCAGCACUGGGCACAAUUGAAGGAGCGUGCCAACCAACGUCGUCAGGAUCUUGAGGAUUCUCUUCAGGCACACCAAUACUUUGCUGAUGCUAAUGAAGCUGAAUCUUGGAUGAAGGAGAAGGAACCCAUUGCUGCAGGUGGGGACUUUGGCAAAGAUGAAGACUCAGCUGAGGCUCUGCUAAAGAAGCAUGAGGCUCUCAUGAGUGAUCUGGAGGCCUUCAGCUCAACCAUCACUGCCCUCGAUGAACAGGCUGCAGCAUGUCGCCAGCAGGAAGUGCCAGUUAUGGACAUCACUGGAAAGGAGUGUGUUGUGGCUCUCUAUGACUACACUGAGAAAUCUCCAAGGGAGGUUUCUAUGAAGAAGAAUGAUGUGCUCACUCUUCUCAAUGCAACCAACAAGGAUUGGUGGAAGGUGGAAGUUAAUGACCGCCAAGGCUUUGUGCCAGCUGCCUAUGUCAAGAAGAUUGACUCAGGCUUAACAGCCUCCCAGCAAAACCUGGCUGACAGCAAUUCUAUUGCUGCUCGCCAAAACCAGAUCAAGGCACAAUAUGAGAAUCUGAUGGCCAUGGCUCGUGAACGCCAAAAGAAGCUGAGUGAGACUGUGCAGGCCUAUGUGCUGGUGCGUGAAGCUGCGGAGCUGGCUCAGUGGAUCAAGGACAAGGAGCAGCAUGCCCAGAUUGAGGAUGUUGGCGAAGAUCUUGAGCAGGUUGAAGUGCUGCAGAAGAAGUUUGAUGACUUCAAAACUGACCUACAAGCCAAUGAGGUUCGCCUUGCUGAGAUGAAUGAAAUUGCAAUGCAACUGAUGAGUCUUGGCCAGACAGAAGCUGCUCUUAAGAUCCAGACCCAGAUUGAGGAGCUCAACACUAAAUGGAAUUCACUUCAGCAAAUGGCACAGGAGCGUCAGUUCCAACUUGGCUCAGCUCAUGAAGUGCAGCGAUUCCAUCGUGAUGUGGAUGAAACCAAGGAUUGGAUCCAGGAGAAGGAUGAAGCUUUGAACAAUGAUGACUGUGGCAAAGACUUGCGCUCUGUACAAGCUCUGCAGCGUAAACACGAAGGUCUUGAGCGUGAUCUUGCUGCCCUCGGCGACAAAAUCCGCCAGCUGGAUGAGACCGCCAACCGACUCAUGCAGACCCAUCCUGAUGCUGCUGACACCAUUUAUGGAAAGCAGAGGGAGAUCAAUGAGCUGUGGACUCAGUUAACUGCAAAGGCCAAUGCCCGCAAGGAGAAACUCUUGGACUCUUAUGACCUGCAGCGCUUCCUCAGUGACUACCGUGAUCUGAGCUCUUGGAUUGCUUCCAUGAUGGGUCUUGUUAGCUCUGAUGAGCUGGCUACAGACGUGACUGGUGCAGAAGCCCUUCUGGAAAGACAUCAGAACUUCCGUGCCGAGUUUGACUCUCGCUAUGGUAUCCCUCAGGAACACCGCACAGAAAUCGAUGCCAGGGCUGGAACCUUCCAGGCUUUCGAGCUCUUUGGUCAUCAGCUCCUGCAGUCAGGCCACUUUGCCUCUGCUGAAGUUCAGGAGAAGCUGGAUGCCAUGAACGAAGCUCGGCAGGAUCUGGAAAGGGCUUGGAUUGCACGGCGCAUGAAGUUGGACCAGUGCUUGGAAUUGCAGCUGUUCUACCGUGACUGUGAACAAGCAGAAAACUGGAUGUCAUCUAGGGAAGCCUUCCUAUCCUCUGAUGAAGCUGAUGCCAAGUCAGACAAUGUUGAAGCUCUUAUCAAGAAGCACGAGGACUUUGAUAAGGCUAUCAAUGCACAAGAAGAGAAGAUUGCUGCACUCAACAUCUUUGCUGAUCAGUUGGUUGCUGCUGAACAUUAUGCCAGCAAGGAUAUUGGUGAUAAGAGAAGCCAGGUGCUGGAACGCUGGCAGCAUCUCAAGGAAGCCCUGAUUGAGAAACGCUCUAAGCUUGGUGAGUCACAGACUCUCCAGCAGUUCUCUCGUGAUGCUGAUGAAAUUGAAAAUUGGAUUGCUGAAAAGCUCCAGGUUGCCACAGAGGAGAGCUUCAAGGAUCCUGCAAACAUCCAGUCAAAGCACCAGAAACAUCAGGCAUUCGAGGCUGAGUUGGCUGCCAAUGCUGACAGGAUCCAAGCUGUUCUUGCUAUGGGUCAGAACCUCAUUGACAAACACCAGUGUGCAGGAUCAGAAGAGGCUGUGCAGCAAAGGCUGGAAUCCAUCUCUGAGCAGUGGGACUUCUUGACUCAGAAGUCUGCUGAAAAGUCUCUGAAGCUCAAGGAAGCCAACAAGCAGCGCACAUUCAUUGCUGCUGUCAAGGACUUGGACUUCUGGCUUGGGGAGGUGGAAUCUCUCCUUACCAAUGAGGAUGUUGGCAAAGACCUUGCUAGUGUCCAGAAUUUGAUGAAAAAACAUCAGUUGGUUGAGGCUGACAUCCAGGCUCAUGAAGAUCGCAUUAAUGACAUGAACGGGCAGGCUGAUUCCCUUGUGGAAAGUGGUCAGUUUGACACUGCCAACAUUCAGGAGAAGCGCCAGAGCAUCAAUGAACGAUAUGAGCGCAUCAAGAACCUGGCUGCUCAUCGUCAGUCACGCCUGAAUGAGGCUCUCACCCUCCACCAGUUCUUCCGUGACAUUGCAGAUGAAGAAUCCUGGAUUAAGGAAAAGAAACUGCUUGUGGCAUCGGAGGACUAUGGUCGUGACCUCACUGGUGUCCAGAACCUCCGCAAGAAACACAAGCGUCUUGAGGCUGAGCUAGCAUCUCAUGAGCCUGCCAUCCAAUCAGUGCAAGAGGCUGGUGAGAAACUUAUGGGCGUCUCAAAUGUUGGUGUUUCCGAAAUUGAAUCCCGCCUGCAGCAACUGUCUGAGACAUGGUCCCAGCUGAAGGCAAUGGCUGACCAAAGAGGCCAGAAAUUGGACCAGUCUCUCAUUUACCAGCAGUUCUUGGCCAAGGUGGAAGAGGAAGAGGCCUGGAUAAGUGAGAAAACCCAGCUACUCUCUGUUCCUGAUUAUGGAGAUAACAUGGCUGCUGCACAGGGACUCCUGAAGAAGCAUGACGCUUUUGAAACCGACUUUGCCGUGCAUCGUGACCGUUGCAAUGAUGUGUGUGAGGCUGGUUCGAAGCUGGUAGGAGAAGGCAAUCACCAUGCUGAAUCCAUCAAGCAGAGGUGCCAGCAGUUGAAGGACAAACUAGAGGCCCUCAGUGGUAUUGCUGCACGAAGGAAGAGCAAGUUGGCCGAUAGCCUGGCUUAUCUGCAGUUCAUCUGGAAGGCUGAUGUUGUCGAGUCUUGGAUUGCUGACAAGGAGAGCCAUGUUAAGUCUGAGGAGUUUGGACGAGAUCUUUCUACUGUCCAGACUCUCCUUACAAAACAGGAGACAUUUGAUGCUGGUUUGGCUGCCUUUGAAAAUGAGGGCAUCCAGAAUAUCACUGCCCUUAAGGAUCAACUGGUGUCUGGUAACCAUGAGCAGUCUGAAUCCAUCAUCAAGCGCCAUGGCGAUGUGAUUGCACGCUGGAAGAAGCUUCUUGACGACUCUCUCGACCGCAAGAAGAAACUGCAAGUCAUGCAGGAGCGGUUCCGACAAAUCGAGGAGCUGUACCUGUUCUUUGCCAAGAAGGCUUCUGCUUUCAACUCUUGGUUUGAGAAUGCUGAAGAAGAUCUCACUGAUCCUGUGCGUUGCAACAGCAUUGAAGAGAUUCGGGCACUGCGUGAAGCACAUGCCCAGUUCCAGGCUUCUCUGUCUUCAGCCCAAGCUGACUUUGAGGCCCUGGCUGCCCUAGACCAGCAGAUCAAGAGCUACAAUGUGGGACCAAAUCCUUACACUUGGUUCACCAUGGAAGCCCUGGAAGAUACCUGGCGUAACCUGCAGAAGAUCAUCAAGGAACGAGACAUGGAACUUGCCAAGGAAGCACAGAGACAGGAAGAGAAUGACAAACUACGAAAGGAGUUUGCCAAGCAUGCCAAUGCUUUCCACCAGCUGUUGACAGAUACCAGGUUUAGUCUGCUGGGCUUCUCCCUUAUCGGCUAUGAUGAGAGGUCUUCGAUGAUGGAGGGCUCAGGCACACUGGAGCAGCAGCUUGAAGCAACACGACAGAAAGCAGCUGAGGUACGAGCUAGGCGCGCAGACCUGAAGAAGAUUGAGGAUCUGGGACAAAUUCUGGAAGAGCACCUGAUUCUCGACAAUCGAUACACGGAACACAGCACGGUGGGAUUGGCGCAGCAGUGGGAUCAGUUGGACCAACUUGGAAUGCGAAUGCAGCACAACUUGGAACAACAGAUCCAAGCUCGAAACCAGUCGGGUGUGUCAGAAGAUGCCCUCAAGGAGUUCAGCAUGAUGUUCAAGCACUUCGACAAGGAGAAGACUGGUCGCUUGAACCACGCCGAGUUCAAAUCCUGUCUACGUGCUUUAGGUUACGAUCUACCCAUGGUUGAAGAAGGGCAGAGUGAUCCUGAGUUUGAGGCCAUCCUGGAUGUUGUGGAUCCAAACAGGGAUGGCUUUGUUUCCCUGCAGGAGUACAUGGCCUUCAUGAUCUCCAAAGAAACAGAGAACGUUCACAGCUCAGAGGAGAUCGAAAACGCCUUCCGUGCCAUUGCGGCUGGAGACCGCCCCUAUGUGUUACGGGAAGAACUAUACCAGAACCUCACCAAAGAAAUGGCGGACUAUUGCGUCGGUCGCAUGAAACCAUAUGUCGACCCCAAAAGCAAUCUGGCGGUCCCUGGGGCCCUGGACUACAUCGAGUUUACACGCACUCUGUUCUCACAGUAGCUUGCAACACUCUAAGAGCUUUAUCCUGAUUUUUCUAGAUUAUUGAAGAGAUGCUAUUUUAAAGACCAUAGUCACAGUCAUAGAUAAUAUAUGUGUGCACAUUAUAAUGCAUUUAGAUUCCAUUACCUUGGCAGUCAGCUUAACAGUGAUCAAAAUUGUAAUUUGGCUUCUCACUGCAAAAGCUUUGGUAAGCUAUGGCAGCUAAGCUACCAUCUAUAGGUGAGGUUGUGAAUUAGCUACUCAUUGCCGAAAUUUGACACUUUCGUCUCCUUUUAUUUUCUUCACUUUCACCUAUGCAACUAUCAAAACAAGAAACUGGUCCCAUCAUUAACAGGCUCGCGGUAGUUAUGACGAGGUCUGCAUAACAGCUGUGUAGAGUCAUGGUGUCUGUAAACUGCUGCCCUUGCCAUGCUCAGUGUCCCCACAGUUUACUCUUGGCUUACAGUAGUGCACAGUUAUAUUCCUAAAGUGUGUAGGAAAAGGUUGCACGCACAGUUUGGCUUAUUUUUUGGGGCUCCGUAUAUUUAAGAGUAUAGGGAAGUGUUGCCCUUUUUGACAAAUCUAGUAGAGAGUUUUACCAUCUGGAGCUUCUGAUAGAGACGGCUAUUUCAAAUCAGAAGCACCUCUCCCUACUAGGAUGUGGGGGUACACCUUUCACAGUGGCUUGGUGAUCAAUAAAAGACACAGGGGUUUUAACACCUGGAAUUGCCAGACUGACGGCUAUUUACUGUGCUAGUUCCUCUUCUGUGUCUUGUGUUUAGAUCACCUGGUUUGUUUAAAAAAAUAAAUUCUUUAUCAAAAAUUUUUAGAUGUGCAUAUAUAAGAACAGAGAGCUGAGCAGUAGCAAGUGGGCAUUAGUGGUGUUGGUGCUUUUAAAACUUACUGGGGCUUCUUUGAUUUCCAUAGUAUUAUGAUGACUGGGGCCAGGUUUUCUUCUCCAAAAGUCUUACAUUUUUCUCUUUAAUGUAAUAAAAGCUUAUGCAGUUA